CUUCUGUUACACCUUCCUCUUGAGACUUAACUGCAAGGAUGUUCAAAUUGCUCUUCUGCAUCUGAAACCCAGUUCUCAUAAUAAAGAACUACCAGAACUACUGGGAAACCUGUAUGUGUACAACCUGAUAUUUACAGAGUGCCAUCAGUAGAUCUGUGGUCCUAAAGAAGAAAAAGGAAGGGGAGCAUCGCGUUUGGCAUCUUUUGGCCAGAUAAGUAAUUACUGGCACUGCUUUUUAAUAUCAGUUCUGAGCAACUUUUAAGUUGUGGAGAGACAGAAAGAGGAAACAUCAUCACCGGACUGUGAGAAUACUGAGAGAUCAUGCUGAGAGGCCUGUUUGAGAGGAAACCUAAACAUGAGAGGCUGCAGGAGGAACCCGAAGUCAGAUUUAGAGGAUUGCUGGUGACAGAGAGUGUCCUGGGAUAUCGAUACAUCCCACCUGGAGGCUCCGACUACUCUCCCCCUCCCCCUCUUCCUCGACCUCCUCCACCUGGCCUGACCAAUGAGCACAGUGGUGGCACUAGCCAUGGCGACCGUGGUGGAGGAGGGGGUGGUGUCAACCAUGGAGUGGGCGUGGUUGGUCUGGCUCCAGAGCACAUCCCCACACCGGGGGCAGCCCUGAGCUGGCAGGCGGCGAUCGAUGCCGCGCGGCAGGCGAAGAUGAUGGGUAAUGCCGCAUCGGGUGGAGGGGCGGGGCUUGGGUCCGGAGGGCGAGGGCCCAUCUCCACUGCCAGCUCCACGCAACGGAAGAGACAGCACUAUACCGCUAAACCCAAGAAACAAACCACAACGACAGCCACAAGGCCGCCACGGGCUCUACUCUGCCUCACACUCAAGAAUCCUAUCCGCAGGGCCUGCAUCAGCAUCGUAGAGUGGAAACCAUUUGAGAUCAUCAUCCUGAUGACAAUUUUUGCCAACUGUGUGGCCUUAGCUGUCUACAUCCCCUUUCCCGAGGAUGACUCGAACGCCACCAACUCCAACUUGGAGCGUGUGGAGUAUCUGUUCCUUAUCAUUUUCACGGUGGAGGCGUUCCUGAAGGUAAUAGCCUACGGCCUGCUCUUCCACCCCAACGCCUACCUGAGGAACGGCUGGAAUCUGCUAGACUUCAUCAUUGUAGUUGUAGGGUUAUUCAGUGCAAUCUUGGAGCAGGCCACAAAAGGGGACGGGGCUACUCCUAUUGGAGGGAAAGCAGCGGGCUUUGAUGUCAAGGCUCUGAGGGCAUUCAGAGUACUCAGACCCCUCAGACUGGUCUCUGGAGUACCGAGUUUACAGGUAGUGUUGAACUCCAUAAUCAAAGCCAUGGUUCCUCUGCUCCAUAUCGCCCUGCUGGUCCUCUUUGUCAUCAUCAUCUAUGCCAUCAUCGGUCUGGAGCUCUUCAUGGGCAAGAUGCACAAGACCUGCGUUCAUAACCUAACAGGCACUAUCGCAGAGGAAAAGCCAGCACCGUGUGCACCUGAUGGAGCUUAUGGUCGACAUUGCACGCAGAAUGGAACACAGUGCAGAGUGGGGUGGGAGGGCCCAAACGACGGCAUCACAAACUUCGACAACUUUGCCUUUGCCAUGUUAACGGUGUUCCAGUGUAUAACCAUGGAAGGCUGGACGGACGUGCUGUACUGGGUGAAUGAUGCUGUAGGUUACAAGUGGCCCUGGGUCUAUUUUGUCACCUUAAUCAUCAUCGGAUCCUUCUUUGUGCUAAACUUGGUUCUGGGGGUAUUGAGCGGAGAGUUUUCCAAGGAGAGAGAGAAGGCCAAGGCACGCGGUGACUUCCAGAAACUCAGAGAAAAACAGCAACUGGAGGAAGACCUCAAGGGCUAUUUAGACUGGAUCACUCAAGCUGAAGACAUUGACCCAGAGAAUGAAGAGGAGGGCAUGGACGAUGAGAAACCCAGAAAUCUGAGCAUGCCAGCCAGCGAGAAUGAAUCAGUCAACACAGACAAUGCCCCCGGGGGAGACGUAGAGGGUGAGACCUGCUGUACCCGCCUGGCAAUUAGGAUCUCCAAAUCCAAGUUCAGCCGCUACUCCCGGAGGUGGAACAGGCUGUGUCGAAGGAAAUGCCGGGCAGCAGUCAAAUCACAAGUUUUCUAUUGGCUGGUCAUUUUCCUGGUUUUCCUCAACACUCUGACCAUUUCCUCUGAACAUCACCAGCAGCCUCAGUGGCUAACUGAUGUACAAGACAUAGCCAAUAAGGUUUUGCUAGCACUCUUUACUGGUGAGAUGCUGUUGAAGAUGUACAGUCUGGGCCUGCAGGCCUACUUUGUUUCACUCUUCAAUCGGUUCGACAGCUUCGUAGUAUGCGGAGGGAUCCUUGAAACCAUUCUGGUGGAAACAAAAAUCAUGUCUCCUCUUGGCAUCUCUGUGUUACGUUGUGUACGCUUACUCCGAAUCUUCAAAAUAACCAGAUAUUGGAACUCUUUGUCCAACCUGGUGGCAUCCCUGCUGAACUCUGUCCGCUCCAUCGCUUCCCUGCUGCUCCUGCUCUUCCUCUUCAUCAUCAUCUUCUCCCUGCUGGGCAUGCAGCUGUUUGGGGGAAAAUUCAACUUUGACGAGACCCGACGAAGCACGUUUGACAACUUCCCCCAGUCUCUGCUCACUGUGUUUCAGAUCCUGACCGGAGAGGACUGGAACUCUGUGAUGUAUGAUGGUAUCAUGGCGUACGGUGGUCCAGCUUUUCCUGGCAUGCUAGUUUGCAUCUACUUCAUCAUCCUCUUCAUCUGUGGAAACUAUAUCCUGCUGAAUGUCUUCUUGGCCAUUGCUGUAGACAAUCUGGCAGACGCCGAGAGCUUGACAUCAGCCCAGAAAGAGGAAGAGGAGGAGAAGGAGAGGAAAAAACUGGCCAGGCUUGGCAGUCCAGAGAAGCGUCAUGAAAAUGAGAAGCCGCCUCUGGAGGAAGAGAAGAAGGAGAAAAUAGAGCUGAAGUCCAUUACUUCUGAUGGGGAGACCAACACUGCUACAAAGAUUAACAUGGAUGACUGCUGUGGGGAUGAGAGCGAAGAGAAGAAUCCAUAUCCCGCCAAUGAUUAUAUAGGAGAUGACGACGACGAUGAGCCAGAGAUGCCUGUGGGCCCGAGGCCACGGCCCCUCUCUGACAUUCAGCUGAAGGAAAAGGCUGUCCCCAUGCCUGAGGCCCGAGCUUUCUUUAUCUUCAGCCACACCAACAAGUUCAGGGUUCUCUGCCAUAAGGUCGUCAACCACAACAUCUUCACCAACCUCAUCCUCUUCUUCAUCCUGCUCAGCAGCAUCAGUCUAGCGGCAGAAGACCCUGUCAAAAAUGACUCCUUCAGAAAUAAGAUCCUGGGCUAUGCAGAUCAUGUGUUUACUGGACUCUUCACCAUUGAGAUCAUUCUUAAGAUGACAGCCUAUGGCGCCUUCCUCCACAAAGGUUCUUUCUGUAGAAACUAUUUUAACAUCCUGGACUUGGUGGUGGUCAGCGUGUCCCUCAUCUCCUCUGGAAUACAGUCCAGCGCAAUUAAUGUUGUAAAAAUCCUGAGAGUUCUGCGAGUGCUUAGACCACUGAGGGCCAUCAACAGAGCCAAAGGACUAAAGCAUGUAGUGCAGUGCGUGUUUGUGGCCAUCAGGACUAUUGGCAACAUCGUCAUCGUCACCACGUUACUCCAGUUCAUGUUCGCCUGUAUUGGAGUGCAACUCUUUAAGGGAAAGUUCUUCUUCUGUACCGACAGCUCUAAGCAGACUCAGGCAGAGUGCAGAGGUUCUUUCAUCACGUAUAAAGACGGGGAUGUGGGGAAGCCUGACAAAGCCCCAAGAGUGUGGCAGAACAGUGACUUUAACUUCGAUGAUGUUCUACAAGGCAUGAUGGCGCUGUUUGCCGUGUCUACCUUCGAGGGAUGGCCAGGGUUACUGUACCGAGCCAUUGACUCUCAUGCUGAGGACGUGGGGCCCAUUUACAACUACCGCGUGGUCAUUUCCAUCUUCUUUAUCAUCUACAUCAUCAUCAUUGCCUUCUUCAUGAUGAACAUUUUCGUCGGUUUCGUCAUCGUCACAUUCCAGGAACAAGGGGAGCAGGAAUAUAAGAACUGCGAGCUGGACAAAAACCAGCGUCAGUGCGUGGAGUACGCUCUAAAGGCUCGUCCGCUGCGUCGCUACAUCCCAAAGAACCCUUACCAGUACAAGGUGUGGUAUGUGGUCAACUCCACCUACUUUGAGUAUUUGAUGUUCACACUCAUCCUUCUCAACACCAUCUGUCUGGCCAUGCAGCAUCAUGGACAGACCAAAAAUUUCAAUGAUGCCAUGAACAUCCUCAACAUGCUCUUCACAGGACUUUUCACUGUUGAGAUGAUCCUUAAACUGAUCGCCUUCAAACCCAGGGGGUACUUUAGUGAUCCCUGGAAUGUGUUUGAUUUCCUCAUCGUAAUUGGCAGCAUAAUAGACGUCAUUCUCAGUGAAAUCAACCCGGCUGACUCCUCCUCGUCCUCGUCCUCGUCCUCUUCGUCCUCCUCUUCCUCUUCCUCCUCCUCUCACCCCCCUGUGGUAAGGCCAAUGGGACUGCAGAACUCUGAAGAGAACGCCAGGAUCUCCAUCACCUUCUUCCGGCUGUUCCGCGUGAUGAGGCUGGUGAAGCUGCUGUCUCGCGGGGAAGGGAUUCGGACCCUGCUGUGGACCUUCAUCAAAUCCUUCCAAGCUCUGCCCUACGUAGCUCUGCUUAUAGUGAUGCUGUUCUUCAUAUACGCCGUCAUUGGCAUGCAGAUGUUUGGUAAGAUAGCUCUGCGGGACCACACGCAAAUCAACAGGAACAACAAUUUCCAGACAUUCCCUCAGGCGGUGCUGCUGCUCUUCAGAUGUGCAACAGGUGAGGCGUGGCAGGAGAUCAUGCUGGCGUGUAAGACCAAUCAACCGUGUGAGAAAGGAUCAACCAAUGAAAGCAGCUUGUCCAAUGAGGACUGCGGCAGCCAUUUUGCCAUCAUUUAUUUUGUCAGCUUCUACAUGCUCUGUGCCUUCCUGAUCAUCAACUUGUUUGUGGCCGUCAUCAUGGACAACUUUGACUACCUGACGCGUGACUGGUCGAUCCUGGGGCCACAUCAUCUUGACGAGUUCAAGAGGAUCUGGGCUGAAUACGACCCAGAAGCUAAGGGGAGAAUAAAACAUCUUGAUGUGGUGACUCUGCUCAGAAGAAUCCAGCCUCCCCUCGGGUUUGGAAAGCUCUGUCCACACAGGGUGGCUUGCAAGCGUCUGGUGUCGAUGAACAUGCCUCUGAACAGCGACGGAACAGUGAUGUUCAACGCCACACUGUUUGCUCUGGUCAGAACCGCACUCAGGAUAAAGACAGAAGGGAACUUGGAGCAGGCCAAUGAGGAACUGAGGGCAAUAGUGAAGAAGAUAUGGAAGAGAACCAGUAUGAAGCUCUUGGAUCAAGUAGUGCCCCCUGCUGGUGAUGACGAGGUAACAGUCGGGAAAUUCUACGCCACCUUCCUCAUCCAGGAAUAUUUCCGCAAGUUUAAGAAAAGGAAAGAACAAGGGCUGGUGGCCAAGGUGCCCCCCAAAACUGCACUCUCUCUGCAGGCGGGCCUGCGGACAUUGCACGACAUCGGUCCGGAGAUUAGGAGAGCCAUCUCCGGAGACCUAAAUGUGGAGGAGGAGCUGGAUAAAGGCGUAAAGGAGCCUGUGUCAGCGGCGUCUGAGGACGAUAUCUUCAGGCGCACAGGAGGGUUGUUUGGCAACCAUGUCAACUACUACAACCAGAGCGAUGGCCGUGGGUCCUUCCCACAGUCUUUCACUACCCAGCGUCCCUUGCACAUCAGCCAAAAAGGGUCACCUUGUGAAGGCGAGAGCCCGUCUCAUGAGAAGCUCAUGGAUUCAACUACUUUCACCCCUUCCUCUUACUCCUCAUCAGACUCUAACGCCAACAUCAACAAUGCCAACAACACAGGCAUGGCCGGGGUGGCAACCCAGGGCAUCAGCCGAUUCCCGAGCCCAUCUAUAAGCACUGUGGAUGGGCACACCGGGCAGCCACUCACCCCCAUCCUGCUGCCAAGAUCCGCGUGGUGCUUUCCUCCAAAGAGCUCAGACUCGUGUGACAGUCAUCUGCCAAUCAUCCGAAGAGGGGAGGGGUCAACAGAGGAGACAUACGACGAGAGCUAUGUUGAAGACAGGGUGUACCAUGAGGAUGACCACUCGCUCUCGUCUGACAUGCUGGUGUAUCACGAUGAGACUUGUAAGCAGUUGACUCCCAUGGAGGAAGCGGAGGAAGUGGAGGACAGAAGAGGAGGAGGAGGGUGGCAGUCUCCUAGGAGAGUCUUCCUCUGUCCCACUUCUCUGGGGCGGAGAUCAUCCUUCCAUCUGGAGUGUCUCCGGAGACAGUCGAGGCCAGACGUCUCUCAGAAGACGGCUGUACCUUUACAUCUUGUACAUCAUCAGGCUCUGGCUGUAGCAGGGUUGAGUCCUCUGCUAAGACGGAGUCACUCACCGACCCUCUUCAGUCGGCUGUGCUCCACACCUCCAGCAAGUCCCACAGCUCAAUGCAGUGAUGCCUCCUACCAGCGAGUUCCCUCUCUGAGGCUAGAGGGCUCCAACUCCCAUGAAAAGCUCAAUACCAGCUUACCCUCUGUCAACUGUGGCCCAUGGUACAAUGACAGUAAUGGGAAUAGCCCGGUGCCCAGUCCUAGCCCCACCCCUAGCAUGCCAGCGUCCAGUCAAAGGGCACCGAGGCCAGUGUCGCUCACUGUGCCGUCGCUGUUGGGGAAAGACUCCAGCUCGCUGUCUCACGGCAGCGCAGGCAGUCUAGUGGAGGCGGUCCUAAUAUCAGAGGGCUUGGGUCAUUUUGCCCAGGACCCCUCGUUCAUUGAGGCAACCAAAGCGGAGCUGGCUGAUGCCUGCGACAUGACCAUCGAGGAGAUGGAGCACGCCGCCAACAACAUUCUCAACGGCAACUCGCCCACAAACGCCACAUCCAGCACCUCCUCCACCUCUCAGCACAGCCCUAACGGCAACGUCCUCCCCUUCCACACAACAACAGCAGCAGCAGCAGCAGCAGCAUCAACGCACAGGGACCGAGUGGUCGGCUUGAGUCCUGGUGAAGGUGGGGGAGAAGCCACAGGAAGCAGAGGCUCCAUACACGGUCCCUCCUCUAUAGAGGAGCGGCAGGAGCUGCUAGCCAGAGAGAGAGGACAAGAAGAAGAGGAGGAGGAAGAAGAGGAGGAGGAGGAGGCAGGAGGGAGGGAAGAGGGGCACUACAGAGGCUCGCUUGUGAUUGGAGGAGCACGACAGAGGAACAGCGGGCUGUUGGAGGACGAGGAUAUGGAGUGUGUGACAAGCUUAUAGGAGUCAAGUUAAUUGGUUCGAUCGACGAACUGGCCCCUCUGACAUCAUCAGAGACUGAUGCUUGUCAGGUGCUGCUUACAGCACCGCGGCUGGCUCUGUCUGUCCCCAUCCUUCACAUACACACACACACACACACAUACAAACACACUCUGUCGCUCUGGAGAGUGGCGGCCAGUGAUGCAACCUUAAACACCUGGUUAUGACUCUGUUAGUCUAUGAGUUAGUAUAUGGAUGGAUGUUUGCUGUAAAAGCGAUAUACUCUACGAGCGUGUGCUUACGCGCGUUUGUCAGUGUGACCUAGAAUUUUUUUCUAUCUGUGCGCGCGUGUGCGUGUGUUCUCCACACGUGUCUGAGUGUGUCUCUAAAGUGCCUCACAGUUUUAUCAUGUCCUCAAAGUGUUAAGCGCAGAAAAGUAGACACAAGCAAAAAAGACAAAGAGAAGUAUGACUGAAGGAAGGUAGACAAGAAACAACACAGCCAGGAAGUCCUUCCUAUGGAUCUCCUGCAGACAACAUAGUGUGUUUAAUGUUUUCAUUUCCUACGCCUACU